ACUGUGCUUCCCACGAUUUUUUUUCUAGAUCCCUCCAUUUCUGAACGACACUUCUAAACACAACCACCACAAAACCAUCGGCUGCUUCAGAUUCUCUCAAAGCCCUUUUCAUCUUUGCCUACUGAUUUGAUCAAAUGUGCGAUGUUUCUCAUCUAAAGAUUUAUCACCGGAGAAGCCAGCUGACUUUCUUCUCCAGGUGCUUAUAAGAAGAUUCAAGUUUGAGAGUCUUCAAGCUAUUCUUGGAAGUAAACUCGGACAUUCCUUCUCCUACAUCCCACUAUCUGCUAUGUGACCGUCGGGUUCAAAAGGACAGCUGAACUAAAACCGUUUAUCCCUUUGACCCCGGCUCCACCGAUAUUUAUCUAUCUACAAUGACCAACAUCGUCGCUCUCUCCAUCUGUCUCUCAGUCAAAAAAGUCCUAACAUCUCCUAUGACGCUCUUCCUCUAUGCCGUUGUUGUUCAGCACAUGUGUGAAUAUGCUAAUCGACUGUGAUAGUGUUCAUUACUGUCGGCGUAAGGCGGGGGAGCGGAGGAAGCAAUGGUUUUGGCGGAAUUGCAGGGGAAGUUCAAAAAGGGACAUAAUAUGUGAUGGAAAAGUCACACCCUAUGGAAUCAGUUGUUACUACUUUCAAGAUGCAUCUUUCGGUAAUCUUCUUUCCCUUUUUCCUUAUUUUUAUCAUUUAUACAGUGCCUACCGAUCUCCCCUUUGCAAAAGAAAUAGGCGUGGGGUCAAGAAUGCUUAUCCUGAUGAUAUACUUGCCCCAGUUUUGAAGGCAUUGAUAGAAAAAACAAAUAUUAAUCCAGCUGAAGUUGGAGACACUGUUGUUGGAUCAGUAUUCGGGCCAGGCUCCCAGAGAAUGCACGAUGGCUUCUUUCUAUGCCGGCUUUCCUGAUGCCCUGUUAAGGUGAGAUGGCGGGGGUACGUGCGGUUGAAAGAAGAGAAAGCAAAACACUUGCAGCAACAGAUGAAAGAAGGUACUUCAGAUGAUCGGGGAAAAGCAAAGAUGUGAUCAUACAUAUCCUUCGGUGACAUGUUUUGGAGUUAUUAUGAUACAAUGAUUCUGGAAUAGUUGUACUUGACAUUGGUUUCUUUUGAUUUGGGUAUUGGUUGAAAACAAUGAUUUUACUUAAUUAAAAUGAAAAAAUUUAUUGUGAUUUUUCGGAUGUUACAAGUUGGUAUCAGAGCU